AUGUCUUGGCAAGGAUACGUGGAUACGAACCUCGUCGGCACCGGCAAGGUGUCACAGGCAGCAAUUAUUGGCCUGAAGGGCGGUGUUUGGGCCAGUAGUGCGGGUUUUACUAUCAGCCCGGAGGAGCAGCAAGCGGCCAUCAGCGGGUUUGACGAACCGUCGCCGCUGCAGGCGAACGGGAUCCAUGUGAAUGGAAAAAAGUAUCUUGCUCUGCAGGCGAACCCUCGCUCGAUUUACGGCAAGGUAGGUGGCGACGGUGUGUGCAUGGUAAAGACCAACCAAGCGGUCCUGAUCGGUGCGUACCAAUCGCCCAUAUUGCCGGGCGAUGCCAACAAGGUGGUCGAGGGUCUUGCAGACUAUUUGAUUUCCGUGGGCUACUAA